AUGGCGGCCAACUCGCAGCAGGCGCCCGUCGUGCCUCCGAUCGAAAUGCAACAGGCCAACGUCACCAACAACAACGACAACGAAACAGGUACAUCUCCUUUGGCCCGCGUCACCAGCACGGGCACCUGGGGUGAACCCGAACGUGGCGAGCAUGUCAACGUAGACCAAGCAAAACAAGACUUCAUCCUUGCUCGACAGACAUCUCGUCAAUCCGCCAACAGUGCCAAUGCCACCGCUUCUUACUCCGCCAUUCGCGGUGGAUCCGUCAUUGGUCGUGCCCUGAGCGGCGGUGGUGACCGCAACAGACAGCCCAACAUCAACGAAAACGAGCUCGAUCUCGAAAACGCUACUUCUCCAGACACCGAGCAAAAUGACUUUGAUCUCGGCAAGUGGAUGCUCACACGCAGCGCACAGGCAAAAGAAGAAGGCAUCGACGACGGUAAACCAGUAGGCAUGCUCUGGAGGGACAUGUCCAUCACCGCCCCAGGUUCGGGAGGAGGUGGCAUAUUUGUCAAGACCCUCCCCGUUGCCAUCGCCAACACUGCAUGGAGGGAUCCCAUCGGUGUUCUCACCACCCUCUGCCCACCCCUCGCCAAGCUUUUCACUCCACGCAACAUGCCCACCACCACCCUACUCCACAGCUCCAACGGCAUCCUCAAACCAGGCGAGAUGCUCCUCGUCCUUGGCCGUCCAGGUUCUGGUUGCUCCACCGUUCUCCGUGCCAUCACUUCCAAGAACCACAGCAACGUCUCGCCAUCCGGAAAGAUUCUCUACGGCGGCCUCACUCCAGAACAGAUCAACCGCAAGUACAGAGGUGAGGUCGUCUUUGUCGACGAGGAGGACACCCACUUCCCCACGCUCACCGUCGGACAGACGCUCGAGUUUGCCCUCAAGAACAAGGUCCCACACCGAUCCCGACGACUCAAAGGCGAGUCGCGUCAAGAGUUCAUCGAAACUUGCAUCGAUGUCAUGCUCAAGAUGUUCGGCAUGACUCACGUUCGCAACACCAUCGUCGGUGACCAGGCAGUUCGCGGUGUCUCAGGAGGUGAGCGCAAGAGGACCACCAUUUCGGAAGCUCUCGCCACUCGCGCCAGUGUCAUCGCUUGGGACAACUCCACCCGCGGCCUCGAUGCCUCCACUGCCCUCGACUAUGCCCGUUCCCUUCGCAUCAUCACCGAUCUUGCACAGCGUUCCACCAUCGCCACCCUUUACCAGGUCUCUGAAAGCAUCUUUGACCUCUUUGACCGCGUUGCCGUCAUCGACCAAGGCCGAUGCAUCUACUAUGGUCCUCGCAAGUUUGCCCGCUCUUACUUCUACGAGCUCGGCUACGAUACUCCCGAUCGACAGACCACUGCCGAUUUCGUCACGGCCCUCACCGACGUCAACCAGGUCGUCUAUCGCCCAGGAAUGCAAGCGCAAGCGCCCAAGACCGCAGAAGAUCGUGAACGCGUCUGGAAGUCGAGCUCCCUCUACAACCAGCUUGAAGCUGAAAUGGAAUCUUAUGAGCAGCACCUCGCCCAAGCAGAGCAGGCCGACCAGCUAAAGCAAACCGUCCGCUCCGAGAAGCGCAAGGGUGUCAACAAGGGCUCCAGCUACACCGUCAGCUUCUGGGAUCAGAUCCUGAGCUGCAUCUGGCGACAGCUCCUCAUCAAGUGGGGUGCCAGAGGCGAUCUCUACGUCAAGCUCUUCACCAUCAUCUCGGUCUCGUUCAUGAUCUCGUCACUCUUCUAUCAGCAGCCUUUCGACUCGGAAGGUGUCUUCACCCGCGGUGGUAUUCUCCUCUUUGCCUGCCUCUUCAACGGUUGGCUCCAGCUCUCUGAAUCAUUCGAAGCCGUGGCUGGUCGACCCAUGCUAAGCAGGCAUCAGCAGUUUGCCUUUCACCGUCCAUCGGCCGUGGUCUUGGCACGAGCUUUGGUCGACAUCCCCUUCCUGUUGGUCCAGUGCUUCCUCUCGUCCAUCAUCAUCUACUUCCUCGCCAACCUGAGGAGAGACGCCGGCGCCUUCUGGAUCUUCUAUGUCUACUGCUUCCUCUCCUCGUACAGCUUGACAGCGCUCUACCGCAUGUGUGCCGCCUUUUCGCCCGGCUUCAACGAAGCGAUCCGCUUCUCGGUGCUAGCGCUCAAUGUGCUCAUCAUCUGGGUCGGCUACGUGCUGCGUCGACCACAGAUGAACUGGCUCAUUUGGCUCAGCUACGCACAGCCCAUCAGCUACGCAUUUGAAGGAUUCCUAUCCAACGAGCUCAACUACGCCAUCGACUGUGCUCCGCAGCAGAUUGUCCCCUUUGGCGAACUCAGAGAUGCAGCCUACCAGACCUGCUCGCUUACCGGCGCUGAACCUGGCUCUGUCGUCGUCCGCAGCGCCGACUACCUCUCCGUCACCUUUGGCUACUCGAGAUCCCACAUCGGUCGCAACGUUGGUGUCAUGAUCGCCUUUUCCGUGCUCUACCUCAUCCCUACAGUGAUCGGUGCCGAGAUCAUGAACUUUGGAGGCGCUGGUGGCGGUGUCACCGUCUUUGCGCGCACCAAGGCCGCUAAAGCCAAGCUCGCCUCUUCCGGGCCCGCGCGCGACGGAGACCUUGAAGAAAAGGCUGCAGUUGUCGCAGACCACCCGAGCUCCAGAGACAGCAAUGGCAGCAUUACCCGCGCCAAUUCGCCCGCUUGCCCUGGCAACAAGAAGAGCGCCACCGAAAAGAACGUCGACGCCAAAUCGGCCCACGACCUCGACCAGAAAGCCAUCUUCACAUGGAAGGAUAUCUCGCUCCAGCUGCCGACAGGCAGGAAGCUUCUGGAUGAUAUCACAGGUUACGUCAAGCCGGGCACCAUCACGGCGCUCAUGGGUGCUUCGGGUGCCGGAAAGACGACGCUGCUCACCGCACUAUCGCAACGAGGUGUGGCUGGCACUCUCUCGGGUGACAUUCUCGUCGACGGCAAGCCACUCGGUCCUGGUUUCCAGCGAGGAACCGGCUUCGUCCUGCAGGGCGACAUCCACCUCGCAUCGCAGACUGUCCGUGAAGCUAUCGAGUUCUCGGCGCUGCUGCGUCAGCCUGCCGAAGUGCCUCGCGCAGAGAAGCUGGCCGACGCCCAGCGCGCCAUCGAGCUGCUGGAACUCGAGGACCUGCAGGACGCUCUCAUUGGCGUCCCUGGUUUCGGUCUCGGAGUCGAACGCCGAAAGCGUGUCACCAUCGCCGUCGAGCUUGCAGCCAAGCCAGACCUGCUUCUCUUCCUCGACGAGCCCACGUCCGGUCUGGACUCGGCGGGUGCGGCUUCCAUCGUGCGUCUCAUCCGUCGUCUCGCCAGCGAAGGCCAAGCAAUCCUCUGCACCAUCCAUCAGCCCAGUGCUUUGCUGUUCGAAUCCUUCGACAACCUUUUGCUACUGCAGCCUGGAGGAAGGACGGCGUACAUGGGCCAGAUCGGCAACGAGCGAGCCAAAGGUUCGGACCGAGUGCGCGAGUACUUUGAGCGAAAUGGCGCUCCCGCUUGUCCCCCGACGACCAACGUGGCAGAGUACAUGUUGGAAGUCGUCGCGCAAAAGUCGCAGAAGCCUUGGUCCGAGAGAUGGAAGGCAUCGCCCGAGGCUAAAGCGCUUCGCGAGGAGGUGGAAGCCAUCAACGCCGAACGAGCGGGCCGACCUGUCAUCGAAGACUCGCGAUCCACGCGUGAAUACUCUGCCACGCUCAAAACGCAGAUUGUGGAAUGCACCAAGCGACAGUUCCGAGAUCUGUGGAGAGAUGCACCUUUUGCGUACGGUAUCCUGUUCUCCAACAUUGUCACCGGAUUCGCCGCAGGAGGUGGCUUUGCGCACCUGGGUAACUCGGUCACCGAUCUGCAGUACCGCGUAUUCGUCAUCUUCCUGGUCAUCCUCAACUUCCCUGCCACGGUCAACUCGAUCAUCUCCAAGUUCUGGGAGAUGCGCAUCACGUUUACCGUGCGCGAGGGUCCCUCCAAGACCUACUCGUGGAUUGCGUUCAUGACUGCUUUUGUUGCCGUUUCGAUCCCGAUUGCACUCGUCGCAUCGGUCCUCUUCUUCCUGCCAUCGUUCUUCCUGCCCUUCUACACGCAGCGAUCGACGGUAGCAGGUCUGUGGUAUCUGAUGAUCUUCUUCGUGACGUGCUACGAGAUGUUCUUUUCGCUGGCCCUCGCUGCAGCUUGCCCGACACCGGUGACCGCGGCCAACCUGCUGCCCUUCCUGCUGCCGUUUGUUGCCAUUGUCAAUGGUGUCAUGAAGCCAAAGUCGACGCUGCCUGCGCCGUGGUCCGGGCUAAUCUACGCCAACCCUCUGUACUGGUACGUGCGAUCGAUGGUGGCCAACAUCCUCCACGAUCUGCCCGUGCGCUGUAGCCAGGAGGAUCUGGCCAUCUUCGACCCGCCCAACGGCGCGACGUGCGGACAGUACGCUCUCGAGUGGGUGCAGUCGGUCGGAGGCCAGCUGCUCAAUCCGGACGCCAACAACCGCUGCGAGUUCUGCCAGUACCAGGUCGGCGACCAGUUCGCUGCUACGCUGGGGGCCACGUGGGGAUUCCGCUGGAAGGGUCUGGGCAUUGUUGCGGGCUACACCAUUGGUCAGCUGUUCCUCGCGUACGCAGCUUACUGGUACUUUACUGAGAAGGGCUUCGGUAUCGGUGGCGGCCUCAUCUCGGCGCUUGUCGGAAGAGUCAAGCGCUUGGGUAAGGGUCGUCAGUGA